UACUGUUUGGUGUCGUAUACGACUGCGUACGCUAUAUGAAGUAUAUAAAGCUUUAUAGAGGAGUCACAAUCUUCAUUUAAACAGUUUCAUCAGUCGAGCACGGACGUCGGUGAUUUCAACAAAAUAAUACUCAUUCUGCUGAAAAGAAUACUCGAAGUUUGAUUCUGCUCUCUACACGAUGAAGGCCGCAUUGCUUGUCCUGUUUGCCGUUGGCUUGUCAUCAGCCAGAACUAUAACUUACCACAACGUAAACAUAUCUAGCGAUCAACCCAUUUCUGACGAGGAUUUAUUAAAAAAUUGGGCUCAAUCCAUCGAGGUGUUCGAUCAAAGCUUGGACGACUACAUAGACUGGGUGUCUUUUGACAAAAUGUUUGAAGAAAUGAUCAAUCAUAGUGGGGAAUAUAGCGUCUGGAGUAUACAGAGUAUUAGAGACUAUUUUCUUAAAAGCCGUGAUCUUUAUUACGACGCAGUAGCUUGUGUAUUCGAAUGGUGUUCUGUCAUCGACAUUAUGAUGACGUCAUUUGUUGGCUUAUAUGAAGAUUAUAGCGACAAAACUAAAGAGCAACAAAAAGAGUUGAUUGUAGCAAGUUUAGAUGAGGGAAUAGACAGAAUGGGAAAAGCUAUCGGUCUUUUAGAUGACAGUCGAAAUCAUGUUAAUACUGGUAUUGAAGACUUGACGAACGUCAUAUCUAACGUUUCUGCAGCUUUUAGAAAAGAUGAAAGAGAGCAUACGACUAAAAUUAAUGAUUUAAAUAAGAACGCAAUGAAUUCUUUGAGUCAAAGUUUUUUUGGGGGAAUAAUAAGCCUCAUUAUGACGGAAACAGCAUAUAAACCCGAAGCACGGAAAAAAUUCGAGAAAAUUGAGGGAUCAUUUAAUUUUAUGAGAGAUAAAAUUCAAAACGCGAUCACAAAGGCCUUAGAAAUUAAGAAAAAAUUGUCACAAGAAGUAAUAUACAUAUCAGGACUAAGAGGAACGGUUAAGGGAAAUAAACUCAUUUUCUCUAGAUCGCUUCGAAUUCCUAUUGUAAAAAAUGCUGUUAAUAAAUUGAAAGGUCAAUGCAGCGCUUAUCAAACAAGACAUGGAAAAAAGCAAUAAGAAAAUUUUGCCAAUUUAUAUUUAAAAUUACAUCAUGUUGGUAAUUUUUUAUUCCUUUUCUCUCAAGUAAUGUCAUAAAUUGUGCGAAAAAAGAUGUUUCAAUAAAGUUUUUCCCUCAAUUUAUCCUA